AUGUCCCUAGCUGGGGCCUCCGUCUCUCGGAACGACACCAAGACGUUCCCACUGCCCGAUGACUUCUUCCCCGAGGUGAAGCUCACGGACGAGCAGGUCCGCAGCUACGAGAAGCAGGCCCGGAAAAUCCUCCACAACGCCUUGGCGGAGUACGAGCGGCACGAGUUGAAGGGGGCCAACCCCAUCUACGGCGAGCCGUGGGUAGUCGUCGGCAGCGAAGGCCCCCUCACUGCGGUCCGACAGGAGACACCCGAGGGCCUGGCCAAGAGCCAAUUUCGCUUGUUCGGGCGCAUUCACGGCAACUACCGGAACUUCAUGGACUUCCAAUACGCCGAGACUUCGCGCGAGCUUUUCGAGUGGAACCAGUUCAUGUACGGGUACGCGGUGGACGCGGUGGUGCUGAAGAACAUCCACACGAGGAGCUCUCGGAUGGCUCACGAGUACAUGGGCAUCAAGUGGACGUGCCUUCAGCCCUCGUCUUUCGGGCGCAAGCGCGACAACUGCUUUCUCGAGUACCUGGCCUACACGAAAGACGAGCUGGGACGCGACGUCGGCGUUCGGGUGACGUUCCCCAUGUCGAUCAAAGAGUGUCCUGACCUGUACCGCCGUCUGAGGGUGAAGCGGGUCAAGACACACACCGUCACGAUUGUCUGCCCGUCCUCGUCGUCUUCGGACGCCACUCAGCUCUUCAUCAUGAGCAAGAACGACUUCGCCGGGUCGUCGGUGAGCGCCAGGAACUUCCGCAAGCUGAUGCGCAUCUACAACGACCUGCCGUACCAGCUCGACUCCAAGUACAUCUUGAGGCAGGGCAUGAUGUGCAAGACCAACUGGAUGCCCGACGACUCGCGCAAGGCCUGCACGAACUGCCAGCUCCCGUUCAACGCGGCGACACGCCGUCGCUCUCACUGCCGACUCUGCGGGGACAUCUUCUGCCACCACUGCGUGAUCUCCCGCAACGUCCCGCGCAACCAUCGAGGCGAUGCCGAGUCGCGCGUCUUCCAGGUGGCCAAGACGAACUUCUGCAAAGCGUGUUUGUCAUCCGUUCGUCGCUCGUCACUCGCGGGCUUUGCUCGAGCGUGCUCGACUACGCAUGCCAGCAGCGCUCAAAAGGUGCGAUCCGAGAGCAACGGCCGCACGCUGCGGAAGGCUCAUAGCAACUCGACCGAGCCGCGCCAGGACUGGUGGGAUGACACGUCGUCGCAAUGGUCCGAGUCCGACUGGUCCGAGACGGACUCGGACGACAAGGCCUCGCUCAACGCCUCGGACAUUUCAGUGAGGUCCUUGCUUGCUAGUUCGCUCUCUUCGUCGCAGUCGUCGUGGACGUCUCGCGCCGAGAACGGUCUGGACAAGGAAGACAUGCUGCCGUUCGUGACGACGCUGGAUGUGAUCGACGACGACGUGGCGGUGCUCGGCGAGAACCCGCGACACUCCAAGUCCAGACUGCGCAAGACGCUGUCGAUGUCGGGUCGGUACUCGAUGAGCAGGAGAUACUCGGCUCGGAGGCAGCAGGCCGACCCGCAGGAGGUCACGGAAGUGAUCGACACGACCGACAUGAUGCCAAUGUCGGAAUAUCGACGCCAAUCUCGAGCGACCACCGGAGCUGCGUUGCCCCCGCGAAAGUACAGCAAGCGUUCCAGCGGCCGCGAGUCCUUACUGGGCUCGAGUGGCCCAUCGGAACAGCCGAGCAACAGGUUCUGCUCCUCGCGCUCGAUCAGUCAGUGUCUGGCGGAGCAGGAGGAGCUGCUGCGCUGCAUGUUGAGCGUCAGUCGAGUGCAUUCGAACUCCAACGUGCGGGCCAAGGGGAGGCCCGCCGGAGAGAGGAUGAACUUCGCGGCGACGAUGCCCGUGCCACGGCCCACUGUUCGGCUUUAUGAUCUUUAA